AUGGACGCCCAAGGUGCCCUCGACUCGCUCCUCGGCCGCCUCACCACCAUCCUCGUGGACGAGGCGCGGCUGCUCGGUGGUCUCCAAGGUGACGUUGAGUUCAUCAAGGAUGAGAUGGAGAGCAUGAACGGCUUGCUCCUCCACCUCACCGAGGCUCACCACCGCGACCACCAGGUUCGCGCCUGGAUGAAGCAAGUGGUUGGCCUCACCCGCGACUGCGAGGGCAACGUCGAGCUCUACAUCCACAGCGUCACAGACGCUGGUCACCACGCCAGUGGCUUACUGGGAUACUUCCGACACAUCGUCCGGUAUGUACGCACCAUCCCGGAGCGGCACCGGAUCGCGACGCGGAUCCGGGAGCUCAAGGUCAGGGCCCGUGACGUGGGAGACAGGAAGCUGAGGUAUGGGGUCAUCGUGCCAGAGGCUGCUGACCAGGAGGACACGAUAUUCAUGGACGACGUACAAGCACCCCAUGGACCAGAAGCAGAGGUGGAAGAUGCUCGGAGAUGGGCUCUUCUCAACUGUUUGUGGUCGGAGGACAGAGAGGCUUAUGACCAGAAAAUCAUGGAUGAUACCAUCAAGUCCGUGCUGCUGUUGAUGGAGGAACCUGUUGAUGAGCUAGCAAAUGGGGAAUCACACCCGAGGAUAUUCCUGAUGACCUGGGAUUUCACAAUUCUUAUUGCUAGGAAACUAUAUGAGCGGGAAAUCAGCUCAUUUAGUUGCAAAGCCUGGGUCAGCAUGAACAAAUUGGAUUCUGUGGUCAAAGUACUGUGGGAAAUACUGCACCAAGUGGCGCCCCUUCCAGCUGAACAAGAAGACAUGCCCAGGGUAGAAGCGGAGAAGAGUACAGAAACAUCACUUGGUGAUGACGAGGAGGAUGAGGCAAUGCAACUCAGCAAGAAACUUGAGGGGUUCCUCAAAGGUAAACGAUUCUUGAUCAUUCUUGAGGCUGUCAGUAAGAGAGAUUGGAAUACCAUAAGGUCUGCUAUGUUGCAUGUUACUGCUCAUGGCUCUCCUGGUAGCGCUCUAGUCAUUACCGCAUCGUAUGAGGACUUAGUGGAUUCCCCCUAUGAAAUCCUCAAGCCACAAACUCUAUUUGGUGCUUUCUGCAGUAAAGCCAUAGAGCUUGCUAGAUGUUCUGAAGAUCCUACAAAAUGUAUACAAUAUAUUUUAGGAUUAUGUUACCCCGAUGUCUUCGCAAUGAAGAUGUUCCUACAUCUUCUGUAUGUCAACCCUAGAAGAUGUAAAACACAAUUACACCACUUAAAAAAAAGCUUAGAGGGUUGUCUGGACGCAAAUAAAAGUGUGGGAAACCAAAUGUUGAAGAUCUCCUACAAUGACCUGCCUGCCAAGUACAGGACCUGCUUGUUCUACCUGACCAUCUUCCCAGAAGGUGACCCCAUUAGGAGAACAACUGUAUGUAGAAGAUGGAUAGCUGAAGGACUAAUAACCUCAAGGGAGAAUCGUGCAGAAGAUGAAGCUGAUUCCUAUUUCGAUGCGCUCUUCUCAUGGGGUUUCAUUCAACCCGGGGAGACCAGUGACACGGGCAAGAUCAAGACCUGCACAUUACACGCCAUUGUUCGUGAAGUGAUCACCAGGAUCGCUAGAGAUGUUAACUUUGUGGACACGGACUUACCACCCGAUUUGGCUCGCCACCUUCCUGUUCACAGCAGAACUGGAUUGCAAACAUCUCAUGCCAAUCAUUCCGUGAAGGCAGCUGAUGGCAACAAUGGCAUUGUAGCAUUUCUUCCAUACGUGGCAAAGUCAUCUCAGUGGCAGCUCAUGAAGAUGCUGGAUCUUGAAGGUUGCAGAGGCUUAAAGAAGCAACAUUUGAAGAGCAUUUGUAAAAUAAUAUUGUUGAAGUACUUGUGCCUCAGGAACACUGAUAUCACUGAACUACCCAAGCAAAUUGAGAGGCUGCAGUGUCUGGAGACCUUGGACAUCCGGCAAACAGCGGUACAGUCAUUCGCCACUAAAUCGAUCAUGCUUCCAAUGCUAAAACAUCUACUUGCUGGUCAGGCUGAGUCUCCAAGCAAUAGCUCCGAUGGGCCUCAAGAUUUGUUUAUGGCCGUGCGCCUUCCCAGCAGCAUCAGGAGAAUGGAACAGUUGGAGACACUGUCCCAUGUUGAAGCUUCCCACCGUUUGAGUGAUUUAACUGAUGUUGGCCAUCUAUUACGACUGAGGAAACUGGGUGUGAUUCUUUCUUGUAAGAAAGGUGGCUUGGGUCUUUUGUUCCAACAGAUUGAAAAAUUACAUGGUUGCCUCCGCUCUUUGUCAAUCCAGAUGAACCAACCGGUUUCCAAAACUGAGGAUACUCCUUAUGCGGAGGAGGUGGUCAUAUUAGCCUCGCCUCUAAAAUUUCUUCAGAGCCUAAAAAUUAGUGGCAUCAGGAGUGAUCUUCUCACCUGGAUUGCAGAGCUUGAUCAACUUACUAAGAUAACACUGAGCGAGACCUACGUUACUGCAGAUUAUAUACGCAUCCUUGGCAAGCUUACAGCUCUGUAUUGCCUCAGGCUUCGGCGCAAUUCGUACGCCGGAAGCAGGCUCGCAUUCAAGGAUGGAGAGUUCAAGAGCCUCAAUUCAUUGGUCGUCGAUGACAGCAUCAUCAGCAACAUUACCUUUGACACCGGAGCGGCUCCCAAGCUCGGGACGAUUGUGUGGUCCUUCCCCAAAAUGGAGUCUAUUUCUGGAGUCUGCGGCCUUCUCAAGCUGAAGAAGCUCGAGCUCAAUGGUGACUGUGAUCCAGGCCGAGUGAGACGAGCACUUCGAAAGCACCUCAACGAUCCCGAUUUUAAGCACACGCCACGCCAUGGAGCUACUGCUGCUGCCUCCACCUCCACGAGCAAGUGA